AUGGAAGACAAGGCCAAAGAGCGAGUAAAGGAGAAAACGGGUGCCACCAAGAAAAGAGCUGGCAGGGGCAGGGAGAAGGAGAAGGGAUGCAAAGGACGUGGCUCCACUGGGAGCAGCAGGUUAGACACAAUUUGAGUGACCACUCCUUUCCCAUCUCUCAGCCACAACACAUCUCUGCUGAAUCAGACAGCUUAUCUCAGCAGUCACUGCUUUCUGAUCUGUCCCCACAGUAAGCCCCUCUCCCUGUCUUCACUCAGGUCUAAAGUAAGCCCCUCUCCCUGUCUUCACUCAGGUCUAAAGUAAGCCCCUCUCCCUGUCUUCACUCAGGUCUAAAGUAAGCCCCUCUCCCUGUCUUCACUCAGGUCUAAAGUAAGCCCCUCUCCCUGUCUUCACUCAGGUCUAAACUAAGCCCCUCUCCUUGUCUUCACUCAGGUCUAAACUAAGCCCCUCUCCCUGUCUUCACUCAGGUCUAAAGUAAGCCCCUCUCCCUGUCUUCACUCAGGUCUAAACUAAGCCCCUCUCCCUGUCUUCACUCAGGUCUAAAGUAAGCCCCUCUCCCUGUCUUCACUCAGGUCUAAAGUAAGCCCCUCUCCCUGUCUUCACUCAGGUCUAAAGUAAGCCCCUCUCCCUGUCUUCACUCAGGUCUAAAGUAAGCCCCUCUCCCUGUCUUCACUCAGGUCUAAACUAAGCCCCUCUCCCUGUCUUCACUCAGGUCUAAAGUAAGCCCCUCUCCCUGUCUUCACUCAGGUCUAAACUAAGCCCCUCUCCCUGUCUUCACUCAGGUCUAAAGUAAGCCCCUCUCCCUGUCUUCACUCAGGUCUAAACUAAGCCCCUCUCCCUGUCUUCACUCAGGUCUAAAGUAAGCCCCUCUCCCUGUCUUCACUCAGGUCUAAAGUAAGCCCCUCUCCCUGUCUUCACUCAGGUCUAAAGUAAGCCCCUCUCCCUGUCUUCACUCAGGUCUAAAGUAAGCCCCUCUCCCUGUCUUCACUCAGGUCUAAAGUAAGCCCCUCUCCCUGUCUUCACUCAGGUCUAAAGUAAGCCCCUCUCCCUGUCUUCACUCAGGUCCGGCUCCAGUAGCAGCUCUGGCUCCAGUUCUUCCAGCGGCUCCAGUUCCUCCUCUGCCACCAGCCGCUCCGGGUCUUCCAGCUCCCGUUCCUUGAGCUCAUCCAGCUCCUCAGGGUCACCCAACCCCAGUCGCCGCCGCCACAACGACCGCCAACGCUCACGGUCCAAGUAUGUGUGACCCGUAAAGCAGUGGUCUCCACUCUCUAAUCCCAGCCCUUAGUUAAAGUGCGUGCAGGCUAAAUACUUUCAAUUCACCUAAUGGUUUAACAUUCAAGACCUUCAUUAGUUGAAUUCGGUAUGUUAGUGCUGGGCUGACAAAAAAGCAUGCAUGCUCCGUAACUCUGCAGGACCAGGGUUGGUGAUCACUCCGAAAAACGAAUCCAAAGACUGAAGGAGAGGAAUCGUUGUGCUUGGAAGUGUGACUUUUUUUUGAGUGGAGGAAUAAAGAGUAAGACCUCUUCCAUUUGUCCUGUAGAUCCAAGUCAUCAGUGAAAAAGGAUGACAAGGAGAGGCGUAGGAGGAGCCCCAGCCCCCGACCCACCAAGGUGUACCUGGGCCGCCUCACCAGAAACGUCAUCAAGGUGAGUAAAAAUGACUGCUCGGUCUCCAAGUGUAUGUGCAUAAAGUGUUUGCGCACAUCAAUGGGAUUCAAUAUAGCCUAUUUGAAUGCAUUUUUUGUGUCAAGCUGCAGACUGUAUGUUGAAGACAUUGGAGGUUUGUGGGAGUAGGGAGCAAUAUCUCUAUGAGGUUGGGUUUUGACUAAAGUCUCUGCUCUUUUCAGGAACACAUCCAGGAGAUCUUCGGCACAUAUGGCAAGAUCAAGAUGAUUGACAUACCUGUGGACAGGCUCCUCCCACACCUGUCGAAAGGCUAUGCCUACGUGGAGUUUGAGACGGCCGAUGAGGCCGAGAAGGCUCUCAAACACAUGGAUGGAGGUUGGUGAAGACCAAUGGUUCUGGGUGUACAUGCAGUUAGCAUCUCUAGUUUGAAUGCAUUUUAAUACUACUCUGUUAGACUCUCUGUCCAUAACCUAUCCUCAGAGUUUUUACUUGAAUCAUACAAUUAGAACAUAAUCAAAAACAAUCUGGUGUCCUCCAUACCUUUAUUUUUUGUCUGUGGUGUCUGCAGGUCAGAUUGAUGGACAGGAGAUCACAGCAACUGCCAUGCUGGCUCCCAGGGUAAUACGCCCGCCCCCUCGCAGGCUCUCCCCCCCCUCGCAGGAUGCCCCCACCACCCCCUAUGUGGCGACGCACCCCACCCCGCAUGAGAAGGUCAGUCUCCUACAGUGUUCAUGUCAAUAUGUGUGUGUGGAGUUCUGUCAGUCACAAUAAUGACAUGUUUCACAGUACAUUUCUGUAUUUACAUAUGUAUUUUUUCCCCGAUUUACUAUGGUAAGAAAAUCCAGAAUCUUAUGUCUAACAUCUGUAUCCUAUAAUUAGAUUGGAUGAAUAUAUUUUUGAAAUGUUUUCUCUUUUGUGCAUCCCUGAUUACAGAAUUAAUGGCAGUUGACCAUGCAUCCCUUCAGGUGUGGUUAGACCAUUUGUCAUUCCCCUGGUAACUGAGUCUCCUGAGCUUUGUUUUCAUCCCCCUCUCUUUGUCUCUAAGAUCGCGGUCACCACGGAGACGCUCUCCGGUUCGCCGCAGAACUCGCUCGCUCUCCCCCGGUCGCAGACGCCACCGCUCACGAUCCAGCUCGGACUCCUCCAG